CUCGCCUUUCUUCGGAUGCUUCGGCUGUAGCCAUGAGCUGCAUUUCCAAGCGCCAGAGCUCUCAGCACGGCCUUUCGCGUCUGAGCACGCGCAGCGGCAGUCAUGGCACACUGCAGGCCAGCAAGGCCACUCCCAGCGAGAUUAGCCAGAAGCCGCCAGGACUGCCGCCGGUGGCGGAGUCGGGCGUGCGCCUCACCGCGGCGGUUUUGAGCCGAUUGGACCGCGGCGGCUUGAAGCCGCCGGACACGGCGAGCGCGCGCCUGGCCGCGGCCAUGAGCUCGCAGGCUUCACAGCGGGUGGUAUCCUUGCCACCGCUUCGGCCAGAGGCUUCCAAGCCGACGAGGCAAACUGCAUCCGCCGGCGCGCGAGUGCCCCGUGACUCCCGUGGCCCGCCCCGCGCGGAGCCGGGCGCCGAGAAAGCGGCGCCGCGGCGAGCGCCGGCGAGGGACGCCGCGAGAGAAGCGGUCAGCCAGGAGCCCCUGCGCAGCCAGCGAAGGCCGCCGAAGCCCAAGCUGCCCUUGGGGAACCGCAAGGUGCAGAGCCUGGAUUGGGCCUCCGAGGAGGCCUGGAAGGCCUCGGAAGCUCGGUUGCUGGGGCGGCGGAACAGCAAUCGAGCGGACGAAAAACGCGGGGGCUGCCCACACUGCGGUCGCAGGUUCUGGGAAGAUGCACUGGCACGGCACGCGAGGGUCUGCGUGAACGUCUUCCGCAAGCAACGCAAGGCCUUCAAUGCCACGCGCCAGCGGAUGCCGCCAGAAGCCCUGCGGCUGCGGCUGCGGAAAGCCCCGGAGGUUCGGAUCCCUUCCACCUGGCGCCAACGCAGCCGCGCGCUGCGCCGUGCGAUCCGCUCGGCCCGCGCUGUGAGUGCUGCCAAAGGCCGGCCACUGCGCGGUGCUGAUGCGACGCCUACCGAUGGGCGCGUGUCUUGCCCCCACUGCGGGCGCAAGUUCGAGGAAGCCAUGGCAGGGAAGCACAUCCCGGUGUGCCGGCGCUCCCAGCCGGAGCCGGAGGCAUCGCCGAAAAGCCACGGCCAGCGGGUCGCAGGCGUCUCCCAGCGCGUUGCGGGCCGCGAUGCCCGCGAUACGCGGCCCUGGUGAGUGAGCGGGCGGAUCAGUUUGCGAGGCAAGGGCAAGCGGCGGAAAUCUGCC